UCAAUAAAUCAAACACGAUUAAACCAUCAUGACAAUCUGAUUAAUAUAUCACGCCCCCUAAUCCGAUUGUUUCCAUGGCAACGUCGGUGCCUCCUGUUGAUUGGUUAUCCCUGAAUCAAACACGUGGUUGACGAGGCUUCAAAUAUGUGGUUCCCCUGAGCAUCAGACUCUGAGCGCUUCACCGGUUAAAACGGACACUCUGAAAUAUAUUUUGUUUGUGUGCCAAACUGGGAUUAAUCUUCACCAUCAUGGUUGAGCAGUUUGUUGGAACCUGGACUCUGGUUUCCAGUGAGAACUUUGAAGAAUAUAUGAAGGCAAUCGGUGUGGGCUUCGCCACCCGGCAAAUGGGCAAUUUGGCAAAGCCUAACCUGGUGAUCAACGUGGACGAUGCUGGGAUCAUUUCGAUGACUUCUGAGACGACUUUCAAGACUACAGAGAUCAAGUUCAAGCUAGGCGAAGAAUUCGACGAGACUACUGCAGAUGGCCGAAAUACUAAGACGAUCGUCACUCUUGAUAAUGGCAAACUCGUGCAGCAACAGACAUGGGAUGAUAAGAAGACGACACUAGAACGAGAGAUUAUUGAUGGGAAACUAACAGCUAAAUGUGUCAUGGAUGACGUGGUUGCAGUGAGGAUCUAUGGGAAAGGAGCUUAACUAAAGCUCAAAGUUGUUUAGAUCAGACUCCAGUGUCUUGAAUGUAAUAUAUAUGAAUGUUUUUUAAUGCAAACAUUUUUCUAGAAUAUUAAGUUUAAUUCACAUGAAAUAUAUUUUCGCCAAAUGCACUGAGCUGUUGCCAAACAUGCCAAUAAAGUCUG